AUUACUGUAUGGAAUACUGGAGCAGAAGGAAGCUCAACCAAUGGAAUGGGUCCAGUAGCUGAUAUUUUUAAGAGUUUACCUCCAUUACUAUCAACAAUUCAAGAUCAAACUGGUAUUUCGCCACCUACUUGGUUAGCUGGAAUGCCAGACGGAAAAGAUUCUUCUUUUUCGACUAUUGUGACCCCAUCUAAAAUAGGAACCAAGUAA